CCCGGACAGCGCCAGCCCAGACCUCACCUCUUUGCAGGUCGUGAAGUGGUGGCCCUGACAGAGCAGACCAGAGCCCUCUUCACCAACCCUCAUCGUCGACCCCCUGUCUCCUGGCCUGGCCCAGACCCAUGCCCACACAGGCCGCACCGACUUGUCCAGUUGUCCAUCACCCCGCCUCCCGGCAUCGUCGUCUUGGUUCCUUUUUUGCUCUGUCCUCCACCGGGCAGCGCCUGCUGACUUGUUGCGACGCUCCUUGUCCCAUGCCGGCAGCGACAUACGAGUAGACGGUGCCAAUUCGGCGUGUACGAGUCCUGUCCUGCCCUCGCCCCUCGACCACCAUCGCCACCGCCAUGGACGAGCUGCGCUUCCGGGCCCAGCAGUCGCCGCGCAACGAGCCGCCCAUGGCCAGCUUCGUCUCGCCCCCUCGCAAUGGUGCUCGCCUGCCCCAACAGGGCCCCCACGACCAGCGCGCCAACAUGCCUCGACGCUUCACCACCGACUCAGGCCGCGUCCCGACCCUGUCGUCGGUCAACUCCAACAUGAGCUCGCCACAGCGCGGCCCGGGCCUCGACGCCAACCCGGAAUAUAAUACGUUACACAAGGUUCAGCUGAUCGAGCAGAAGAAGUUGGAGUAUGAGCGGAUCCGAGAGCAGCGCCACCGUUUCGAGCUGGAGAUGCAGCGUCUCGACCAGCGACAACGACGCGAGGCCCAGGAGCUCGCUCAGAUGGAGGAGGAAAUCGGCAGACUGGCCGGCCAUCAGUCUGAGCCGACGACCCCGCCCGAGUAUCGCGACAACUCGGGCUUCCCAUCCAUGUUCUCGAGGCCGAAUCGUUAUUCCAUGUCGAGCUUGGCUUCUCCCCCGGGCUUGUUCAACCGCCCUGCUCGUUCAGGCUCGCAGUUGACCUCGCCGCCCUCGGGCCUCAUACAGAACCGGUACGGCUACGAAGAGCCGAUGCCCUCUCGCUCUGUUCCCACCACUCGUCGAAACAGUGACGACGAGGAAAAGGAGGAGGCUGUCCGUCAGGACCCGACUAGCCACAGGUCAACCAAUGCGUACGUGCCCCUGCCCCCCCGUGCUUGUUGUUUUCCCUCGAAUUGGUGAAUUCCACUUUGCGUUCGUCAACCUGCUACUUCUUCUUUUCUGUGCAAUUUCGACCACGCGCAUUACCUGGAGGGCCUGCAUAGUAGAGCUCAUCACGAGUGGCGGCGUGACUCUGCUCCAGGCGAUGCGCAGGGUAACGGGGAUGUGCACUGCUCGUACCUCUAGCACCGUCUGGCUUUGGGUCGAUGACCAGCGCAUCAACUGGGGCCUGUCAAGCUUCCACGGCCCGGCUCACUGGACCCAGAGUGCAGGUCAACGCCGAAACUCUCCUCCAACACAGCCUGUGCUCCUCGUUCGCGAGGUGCACCUGAAGUCUCGAGCGAGGCUGCUACUGCAUUUGCGACGGGACGUCGUCGAGUCACAAAACAUCGCAAGAGGCUUGCUGCUGCCGCUCCACGCCUGCCUCUUAUCAAAUCGCUGUGUCCGCCGAACAACACAGCCUGUCAUUUACCCUCCUUGUCGCCGCUUUUCUUCCUCUACCUCCCUGCCUCCAGCACACCUCCUGCCAGUGCAGGCGCUUUGUUGACCGUGCUUGACCCGCCAGAAGAGCUCAGCUUUCACUGCAAUUACCUGUGCACCCGCGAUUGCUGCCUUAAUUGCUCGAAUGCCUCAGCACGGUGCACCGCAGCCAUUGCGCGCGAGCCUGUCCGCCUCCACCCGCACCAAGGGCUCGUUGCAUCAAACAUCUUUCAACUUCAUGCUUCCCACGCGAGCUGAUGCACCACUGACCGACUCCGCCAACAGCUUGAAUCGCUACUCAAUGCCGGUAACUCGGUCGCGAAACGGAUUGUACGACAUGAAUCUCGACCAGACCAACACUACGCGCUUCCUGUUUGGCGACGAAGAACCCAAGGCGCUCCAUCGCGGGCAGACGCCUGACGAGCAUUUCCCCACUCUCGUGAGGCGGGAAGAUCAGAUGCUUUCAGCGUCUUCUGCCGCGCUCGAUCUUGCGCUCUCCCCGUCUCCUAACCCUGAAGCAUCCGCCAUCAACCGCUGGAGUCGUGUUAACCAUCACCGCCCGCAACAGAGCCUCUCGUCCAUCAACGGGGUGUCUUCGGCCCAGGCUGGGGACCUUGCAAGCAUCGGCAGCCGACCGAACUCGCUUCGCCACUCACUUGAUCUCAAGUAUAUCUCGGAGAACGCGAUCGAGUCGUCUGGUGGCAUCAUGAAUCCGUCCGCCAACCACAACAUGAACACCACCCCGCCCCGACUGCAGAGCUCCUUCUCUGCCAAUGACGUGCCUACGGUUAAGAACCCGGCAGGCGCUGCUAUAAUGGGAGGCAACGCAAACAACCAUGCUCAACAGCAUUUCCACAAUCACAACGCCAGCAUCGGCCGCAUCCCCGCUGGUGCCCUGCCUACCCGCGGUCAUAACCGCGAGCUGUCGAGCGACAGCAACGCCAACGGUGGCCGAGAGCAAGCGGGCGGCUUCCCGUCCAUCCAGUCCGCGCUUCAUGCUAGCGCGCCACCAUUUGGCCCAAGCAUCACGUCGGCAGCGCCAACAUCGAGCGCUUCGGCCAUCUCGUCGCCUACCAGCGCAGCCCCUACAGGCCAGUUCCACGGCUUCUUCCCCACCAAUGGAUAUGCUCCAGCUGGUGCCAACGGCGCGGGAAACUUUGGCAUGCCGAUGCUUGCAGCGCAAAUGCAGCAGAUGAACAUGAACGGCGUCAACAACGGAAACACGGUGUACCCCCCUCAGAACUACACCGGCUACGGCUCCAUGCCAUACAACCCGGCCGGUCAACGUGACAGCCAGGCACGUGUGAUCCAGCACCGCCGCCAGCUGGAUAAUGAAGCCAUGUCGCGGUACCACAACAUGCCUCUGGAUUCGUUCCGAGGCCAAAUCUACGACCUGUGCAAGGAUCAGCACGGCUGUCGCUAUCUUCAGAAAAAGCUCGAGGAACGCAAUCCGAGCCAGGUCACCAUGAUCUGGGAGGAGACAAACCAACAUGUCAUCGAGCUUAUGAUGGACCCGUUUGGUAAUUAUUUGUGCCAAAAGCUCCUCGAGUUUUGCAAUGACGACGAGCGUACCGUUUUGAUUCAAAACGCGUCACAGGACAUGGUCCGCAUCGCCUUGAACCAGCAUGGAACCAGAGCUCUGCAGAAGAUGAUUGAGUUCGUCAACACUGGACAGCAGGUCCGACUUAUCAUUGAGGCCCUGCGCUUCCGAGUUGUUGAGCUCAUCCAGGACCUCAACGGCAAUCACGUCAUCCAAAAGUGCCUCAACAAGCUUACCUCGACCGAUGCCCAGUUCAUCUUUGAUGCGGUUGGCAACAACUGCGUCGAUGUGGGCACGCAUCGACACGGAUGCUGUGUGCUCCAGCGUUGCAUCGACCACGCCUCCGGCCACCAGAAGUCUUGGCUGGUCGACCGCAUCACGGGCCAUGCUCGUGUUCUCGUGCAGGACCCUUUCGGCAACUAUGUCGUUCAGUACAUCAUCGACCUCAACGAGCCGAGCUUCACGGACCCUGUCGUCCAAUCUUUCAAAGGCUGCGUCGGAUCGUUGUCUCGUCACAAGUUUAGCUCCAAUGUGAUUGAGAAGUGUCUCCGAUGCGCUGGACCCGAGUCCAAGGACAUGAUUGUCGACGAGCUGCUUGCUCCGCAGGAGAUUGACCGUAACUUGCGGGAUUCGUUCGGCAAUUACGUCGUUCAGACGGCUCUGGAGUUCGCCACGCCACAUCAGAAGUAUCGCCUGGUCGAGGCCAUUCGCCCGCUUCUCCCACAAAUCCGCAAUACUCCUUACGGGCGUCGCAUCCAGGCCAAGAUCGCCAUGUACGACAAUCGUGGGAGCGCGGCUUCCAGCGGCCAGGCUACCCCUGCCGACAACACCCAAGGUCAGAUCCCCAUCCGUCCCGGUCAUGGUCAUACUCGUGGCAUGUCUGGGAACGCUCCCAUGUUGGCCAGCAAUGGACUCGCAACCAACGGUGGCAGCUUGUCAGGAUUGGCCGCGCAGGGUAUGCGUCAGAAUGGCCCGAUUCAUUCCGGCACCACGGCCUUGGGAGCCCCCGGCGCAACGACGUCUGGACCGGCGCAGUAUCAGCCCGCCCAGCAGCAGCCGCAGCAGCCGCAGCAGCUGCACACCGUUCAACAGCCCGGUGCUCAGCAAGGCCAAGCAGAGCAAGGCCACAUGCAGCCUGGCCCUGUCCAGCAGCCCCAGUUCAGCCAGAUGCCGCCGGCCGAGUACACGCCGAACAACUCCUCGACGGACACCAGCGAGGCACGCUGGGUGUAAACUACCUUCCCUUCAAGUGUACUGCCACCCAGAGGACCAUUUGCUUGUACAACGGUUUUCAUGAUCCUCUUUCCAGGCCACUGGGUGGCAUUCUCAUGCAGCACGGUUACGACACGGCCAUGACUUGACGAUUUUCCUUGCUCCGCGUUUGCAAUGAGCCGCGAAGAGCAAACCUUGACGCCAAGACCGUACGUUUGGCAUGAUAACACGACGUCUCACUCUGACCAGCACAGCACCCUCGCGGGAGCUUUGUGUGUACAUUACCCAAGGAAAGGAAGUCUGGAAACGAAAACGCUCACCGGUCCACAUCCAUCAAACUCUUGCACUAGAGAAACCGGACCGACAACGGCAUCCUGUAUGUGUACUAGGAUCGUCACCACAUCUCCAUCGGCAUAGACGAGCCCUUGAACUCUUUUUUCCCUUUCCCCCUUCGAUUUUCGAAUUCUCUGUUGUUGUUGCGCCUGCAUCUUGCCUCUUUUCUUCUGCAACAUGUGCCACGCCAUCUGCAUUGAUGGCUUCGGCCGACGAGAGACCAUGAGAGCGUGCCUUCUUGCCAUUGAUGUCGCUUAUUGCGGCAUGUUAGCGGGGGAAGGAAGGACGUCUGGACUCGGGGACCGGCAUUAACUUGGGGGUGUGCGCGCACGUUUGGGGUAGAGACGUCGUGCUGGCUGGAGGCUUCUCCGGGUUUCUCUUUUUUUUUUCUCGCGGUGUUUGUAUGAGUUUAGAGACAGAAAAGAAAUCGACC